UUCUAGCCGUCAGCUAUGCAGGAGUUCGAGAGGACAUUUGAACGACUCCGCGAGCGACUAUAGAUACUUCUACAUAUGCUUAGCGGGCAGCCGGUGCGGGCGAGCGAGCUUGUAGGUCUACAGACGGUCAAUACGGUCAACAGGAGCGUCCGCAACAUAUUAGUAUAUAAUAAAUAUUAUGCUUCGUUACGGCGUACUAUAAAGGGUACCGGACGACAGGCCAGGCGAAGGUGAUCCACCGCUAUCUGCCGAGGGAGGUCGGCGAGCUCGUCAUAUGGUAUCUGUGGCUCAUCUUGCCAUUCUGGCAGGAGGUGCAGGGCAUCAUGUACGAGGCCAGCGGAUACAGCGCGUUCUUAUGGGCAGACGACAUUAUUCGGCAGAUGGACCCGGAAGAAAGCAGGACGGCAGCAGUGUUGGAAGAACGGAGGGAUAACACAAACGUCAGGGAUAGCAACAAUC